AUGCUACCUCAGUUUGGUUACAUCGUAGCUCAAGCAGGUGCCGAUGCUCACUUGCCGCCAUUCCAACCUUCAUUAGCUCCUCCUCCUCCACCUCCACAAGCACCUCAACAACCACAUUCUCAUUCUUCUAUUCCUCCAUCGCAAUGUACAACUAUCAACAACAACAACGCUUUUCGUCUUACACCACCACCACCGCCACCUCCUCCAGCAACACAUUAUCUUCCUCCUCAACCUAAAUGGCAUCAUGAACCAUCGCCACCACCACCACCUCCUCCACCACCAUCAUCAUCAAUGACGUCUUAUGAUUUGUAUCAUGCUGCCACUCCUUGGGAUCAAGGACCCACCAAGUUACAAGAAUACAAUGAUUUGAUGACUGCCAUGAAUAGGGAGUUUAUAGAUCAUCGCACCAUCAUAUACCACAACAAGUUGAAAUCCCUUCGAGAGGACCUUGAACGAUUACAAGAUGGGACCCAUGAGGCGUUUAUGGAAGCAGUAUCGGAUUUAGAAGCGGAGCGUGAAACGACGAUCGCCCAUGCGAAGGACAUGAUGAACUACCAGCUGUCAUGCAUCCAUCAACGUUUCGAGAAGGAAUUGGAAACCACCGAGAAAGAAUACAACACUGAACGCGAUAAUGUCAAUACGAUCAUGCUAUCCAUCAUUCGUGACAAGAGGAAGCAAAUCCAAGAAGACAAAGAUCACCAAUCCUCGUCAUUGACUGCCAUGUUCCGAGACCAUAAGAAACGUUCCUUGCGAAAACGAGCUGACAUACGUAAACGACAAUAUCGACAAUCUUCAGCAGAGGACACUGAAAAGGAGGAAUUGGAUCGAGAGUAUUCACUCAUGAUGGGUCGCUCAAAUAGUACUACUGCCGUCGCUGCACAAUAA